UCUCGAGGUUUCUUUUCGCAACGACUAUGAAUUGCCCUUGUUGCAUUUUGGGCUGCAAAUCAUUGGUUGUGUCAAGCUGCGACAGCCUAUCGCAGGUUGACAUAGCAUGCUCUACUUUGCUGCUGGUAUAAAUUAUCGGCCGCAGCAUAAUUGUGAGCAAGUCUUUUUAAAUGUUUAAAAUGUUUUACACUUGGUUACAGCGACAUUAGCUCUGUGUUUGGCAGGUUGAGCACUGCACCACCAGGUGGCUGCACCACGCAGGUCACUCACGUUUACGCCUCUGCCCAUCCGUCAAAAUACUCAGCUCACCUGCGUUUACCAAAAUACUGGACAUGCUCGCUACUUUAACAAAACGCUCACAACGCACACUGCUUGGAUAGCUCUCGCUGGGGUUCGACGGGCCUGCCAGCUAGCGUUUAGGUUGGAGAGGAUUUGCAUGCUGGCUCCAAGUCACUGAAAGCAGACAUCACGACGUCGCAUCAUAAUGCAGAACCAAUGAAGGCGGAGCUUAGCCCCAAUUUCCCGGCAAACAUGUUGAAGAGAAAAAGCAUGGCUAGGGAGGAGGGUAACUUGUAAUCAUCCGUGGCUCUCUAAAUACGGGAUGCUUCACUUAAAUUGUGGCCCAAAUGUUUUACUGUAGCCGUACCCUACGUGCCUACAGAAUUUGUCCAAAUCGUUUGAGGAACCCUUUAAUUGGUAAAAAGCAACCAUAAAUGUAUCGGGUCAUUUUUUGUGUUCUUACUUGUGGACGUUGGCUUCGGGAAAUUGUACAAAACAAGGGCGUAUUAACGAGGUUCUACUGUACUCGCAAUAUUGUGCAAAUGUAAAUUGCACAUUACAUUUUUAACCAAUGAUAAUAGCAUCACUCUGUCUGUGAAGUACACAAAAUCACCAUCAGUGCCAUCAACAAGUUUUCCAUAGUGCAUUUCAGGGCCCCUUUAAAUGUGGGACUGCCAAGCCCUUUCGCAUGAUGUUACUACCUGAUCUAGGCAGUUGCUGGGGCAUUUUUAGCAAUGAGAGUGCGGUGCAUUACAGUGGCCAUGUUCAUGUGAUGUUGCUUCCUGUUAAGGCAAAACAAAUAAAUGCUCAUCCAUCCUGUAUAAUGAUUCCUCAUCCAUUUAUUGUAUAGUGAUUCUUUCUGUAUACUAUGCUGCUGUAUGAAAUACUAUUCUAUAUAUUGUGUCCUAUAAAAUUUAAGUAUAUAGUGCUGCAUUUUUGUGACUAUUUCAUGAGAUUUUUGUAAUGGUAUUGAUGACUAGCUGUAUUUCUGAGAAUUACUCAUUUUGUAUGUUUUACAUUUUUCUAAUACUUCCUCCUAGUAAUCCCAAUCUUCUCAGAGUUAUUAGUGUGGAAAGCCUUUUCUUUUUCUAUUCUCUUGUGUUAAGCUGUGUUCAUCCUUUGUUGCUGUGUUGCUGCCUGUAAAAUGGGGGGGGGGAGCCAUGGACCAUGUCAUGUCUUGCUUUCUUUUUGUCUACGUACCUCAACAUCAGUUGUAUGUUGAAAUAAAGGUUGAUUUGCUUUGAUAUGCCUGCAAAAAACUGAAUUUGCGAUAAUAUACCAAGGUCAUAAUAAAUUCUGGUAAUUAGAUGCCUCACUUCAGUGUAUUGGUAAUCUCCAAAUAUAGUGCUGCCUAUUUGAAGUUAUGAAUAUGUGUAGGCAAUAGACAACGAAGCCGGAGAAAGCAUAGAGCAAAAUUCGAAAGGCACAACGCGCAUAUCUGCAAGUGUAGCGUGGGCACACGCAGAGCUUCGGCGGUGGCACUCGCCCUCACGGAUCAGACGUGCACGACGGUUCUCUGCGACUCACGACAAGCGGUCAGAAACUUCACCAAAGGAUGGAUCUCAUGGACAGCUGCCCGAGUCCUGAGCAAGCGCCAUGUCCAGUGGGAGGUACAAUUUCAAGCCAGAAUCCAGUGGUUCCCAGCGCACAUGGGAGAAGUAUCGGACAUGCAUCGCAACUGAAACGAGAUGACACGCCAAGGCGCGCGAGCUCACUAGCACUAAAGACUGCUUGGCAAGCUACAACGAAAUUACCAAGGCCCUCUGCCUGGCCCGCCGAACCUUCCCUCCGCCCAGCGACAAGCUGGACAGGGCGUAGGCGGUGGCCUUCAGACAACUGCAGACGCUAACGUACGCUAACCCGGCACAAUACCACAGACUCUAGCCCGGUAAAUACCCUACAAAUAUAUGCAAGGUCUGCCACACUGGGAUAGCCACUUUAACUCACAUGCUCUGGGACUGUAACGAAAACCCGCACGGUGCAAAGUUCGGAACCCUUCCUCCGCGGUGGGCCGCUGCUUUGCGCAGCCCCAGCCUCGGCGAUCAACUCUGGGCUGUCCAGCAUGCCCGCGAGGCAGUGGCGAGGCAACGCCUCGACGUCCCCCCGUCGGGAAAAGCUCUACAGGACCUCAAUAAAGUUGUUACGAACCAAUUAAAGACAUAAUGAGGAAAAGGGAAUGAAAAGAUAAUAUGCCACUAGGGUGGUCACAUCUUCCAGCUUAUCUGUGUGUAGUGUUCUACUUAUUAAGGUUUUAAUUCAUUGGUUACCCCUUUGGGGGGGGGGGAGGGGGAGCAAUUAAACAAUCUUCCCCCUUUUUUUCUAUGUGCACAGGAUUAGCCCUAGAAGUGUUGGCUGGUGUUGCUGAUACCGUCGCAGCAGAGGUGGAAUGUCCUUAUAACCUAAAGCUUAGACCACUUAUUACUUAACUGCUUAUAGGCCAGAACCGGCUAUAAAUCGGUCUUUUCCGACUCCUCAUGACCCUCCCAUAGAACUUCAUGUAUACACGUACCGUUUACAGUGCAGCCGCGCAAGACGAAAUACUGGUUUUAAUGCUGUUUCUGCGGACAAACUUGAUAGUGAGCCUGCUUUUCAACGAGGUGCACAGCCAAUGGGAGUGCAAAGCAAUGAGGACGAUGCGGAGAAGACAUGGAGCAAACGAACAAAGAACUUUAAGAAAAAAUAACAGCGGUUGCAGCAUGAUGCGGGCCCGCGGGGUUUGCCUAGGCGACGGAGAAAUCUUUGCUAAACUGCUCAUCAGCGAUCGAGCACUACCUUGGCUGCUGUCAGUUUAUGCAGUGUUCUACAAAUUUAGUUCAAAGCUUUCAGGCAUUAUGUUCACAUGCCCGCUUCCGCCGUUCCUACCAAUACAUGCACAUAGAAACUUGGUAGGCGUUAGGAGUAGUUGUAGCAGUUGAUUGUCCGAGAAACCAAACUCUGCGUUACACGAGCGGCUGUCAGAUCCGCCUGUGCGCACGAUCGCAUGCCAAAUGUCUAUCUCAUCGUCUGCGGGUACGAACAUAUCAAGGGCAAGCCUCCAGCGAAGGCAUGCCACCUGACACUCCCGCACGAUAGGCCUAAUCACAUGCGUCGUUGGGAGUCGGCGACCAAAGCUGAGGUUUUGUGCUGAAUCACUGCAAUACGUCGCAGUAACUGUACGGCUCAUGGAAAGUGGUGAAACCACCUCGACAACAAGAGGGAGGUCACGGGCAACACUCGAAUGGCAGCAGCUUGAUGCACAGUCGCCAUGUUUAUUGCACACUCAUAAAUCAGUGCGAGAAAUAGCACGAGAUACUAUAUGGCAUCCGUAAUUUUGAUCACCGUUCUCCAUUUGUUUCGUGGAGUUGAUGGCGGUGCUGAGGAAAAUUAGAAUGAUCGAGCAGGUCUGAAAAUUUAGUCAGCAACUUACUUUCCUCUUCCUGUCACAUUUUUUGUACUUUGCUUCAUACAAAGAAUGCGGGUGCCUGGGCGUAAACCUGUCAACUUUCAUAAAUUUCAUAAAUGCACGCAAACAGCCCGGUCGCGUGCUUCUAUUUUCAGAUAUGCGCGGCAGCUUGGUCUACGUGUAUUCCACUUCUGCAGCCUUACAAAAAAUGGUGUUUUGGUUAUAGUGCGGACAUUCACAAUUCUGGCGGCUUAGGCUAUGAGCGGUCUAUGUUGUAUUGCAAGGGUGUAAGGAUUAUUGUUAUUAUACUAUAACUAUGGAAAGUAAUAUACCCUAACCUUGUGAGUUGAUGGUUAGAUCCAGAUAAAGCAUAUGGUGUAAUCUGGCAGCACUGUCUGAAUGUUCUGGCGAUGUUUCCAUCAUCAUGGGCAGUCUGCCUGGUAUUGGCUAUAACGAAUGCAUAUCUAAGCUCCUAGCCUAUCAAUAUCAAGAACUCAAUUCAUCAGAGGUUAUCAACAUUGUAAGGCCAAUGACAUUACACAGAACAUCCGGGCAUGGUCCAGAUAUUCUGUGUAAACAACAUAAACAAAACAAACUAGGACAUUGUUACGCUUAUCAUUAGAAGAUUUUUCAUCCCACAUUUCUCGGACAGAUCCAGAACUGUUGAAGACGGGGUGAUAUAAGUUUGCAAGAUCGGUGAUCUGAAUCAAUUAUACCUAGGGUUGUUCGUUUUCGGGUAAAACCCGAUUUUACCCGAUUCUUGCACCCCGAACAAGUUUCAGGAGAAUCGGGUUAAACCCGAUUUCUCCCCGAAUAAACCUCCCUGUAGCGAUCUGCACAAUCGUGAGUUGCUGCUAACUCGUGUUGAUGCUCUUCCCCUUCUCUUCUCACCACUACCUGUCUCCUUUGUCACCCCUUUCUCCUCUCUAAUCUUUACAUCCCCUCUCUCCUCUGCACGCACAUGCGUGAGAGCGUACAUGCACCCCCCCCCCCUAAAAAAAUGCUUGCAGAAGAAAGUGGGAAACACGUUUGAGGCCGGCCACGCUUCGAGUACAUUGUGAACAAAUUUAGGGUGAAAGAAAAGCAAAGAAAUCUGCCCCUUUGCCCACUGCAGAUUAGUCUCGGGUAUGUGCACCUGCUUCCAAGAAUUUCACGCGGAAGGGACGGGUGACCAGUCGGUGGGGGAGAGAUUGAGCGACGAAGAAGCCAGCCAUACCCUCCCCCAGCGUCCAACCCAGAAAGAAGAAAGAAAGAAGCCACUGCGCUCAAAAUCCUGCUUUGACAGGAGCAGCAAAAUUCUGGAAAUUGUGGUAUUGCUCUUUUUCGAAGAACUUCUAAAAAGGGUCACGUUUUUUAGUGGGUGGGGAUAAAGACGAACGAGAAGAGAAUGUGAACAAAACGCGAUCCAAGGUUGGUCUCUUAGGUUUUCUUCCAGUUUUUCUGUGACGAAGUGAAUCAGGCUUCUGAUUGGUGCGAACUCUAACCAACGAGACGCAUAUCGCCAUCCUCACUUAGCAUUACCAGGCGCGUCUUGUGAGCGCAAAGCCACCGUCGCGGACAUAAGGCGGCACCGGAAACUUCAGCGUGGAGAUGGGAAGAAAACGAAAGACACUGGAUGACUGGUGUAAAGAACAUGAAGAUCUCCAGAUCGCAACGAAAGACAGUGAAGGCACCCGCACGUUAGUGUGCAAAUAUUGCAACACCGAGAUGGUCACCGAUCCAGCGAAGAAGCCCUACGACCGAAUUCGUGAGCAUCUAAUGUCAUCUCGUCAUAAGAAGUUCAAGACGGCUUCCAAGGAAGCUGAGACUGCGGGAACGUCUCGGCAGACGCUUUUUGAUAUGUCCUGUAGACAGCGUGCGAAAGAAACUGAAGCGGACGGCGUUAUCCAUGACUUUGUUCGUGCCCUAGCGUACAGCGGAAUAAGCAUGCACCAGGCGGACGGACCGCUGGGAGACUUCGCACGCAAAUACUGCAAGGCUGCGAAGACCAUGCCAACAGGACAAAGACUUCGGCUGAAAUACCUGAAAGAAGCUUUUGACAAGGACAUGGAGAAAAUCCGCGAUGAUAUGCGAGAUGUGAAAGUGAGCGUCAUCGUCGAUGAAUCCCCAGACAUCACUGGUGUGCCUACCAUCAACACUCUCCUGUGCUACUAUAGCCAGAAAAACGUGAAGAAGCACGUUGUUCUGGUCGACGUCGACAGGGUAAAUGCAUCGAACAGUUACACGGUGGCCAGCGCAGUUAGCAAGGCACUCCUGACGGUUGGCAAGACGUGGAAAGACGUUGUGGCAGUAGCCACAGACUCAGCGGAGUACAUGCGAAAGAUGGUUCGAGAAAUCUGUCAGGCUGAAGGGAUCCAAAUCUUGCAUGUGAAAGAUAUAGCACACCUUAUUCAUGUGAGUGUUGACCAUGCCAUUUCUUUACCAUGCAUGUCUGAUGUUCGAUCCGUAGUGAUCAAGUUUGGAGCGUUAUUUAAGCACGCUAACAAGCUUUACCAAAAGUACACUGAAAUUUGUUCUUCUAAUGGCCUCUUUGGACCUGACAUUAAGAAGCCACCUUCUGUUGUCCCGAAUCGAUGGCAAAGCUUCUACAAGGCACUUGUGGUAGUCGUAGAAAUGUGGAGCUCGUUAACAGAACUUGCUGAAAGCUCGCAUGAUAGCAGCAAAGCGGAAGCUAUUCGAGGGAUACUUUCUGAAAAAGAAGUUGUUUAUGCGAAGGCAAUCUUGAUGAGAGAUGCACUCGGCCCACUUUUGGAAGCCCAGAAAACGCUUGAAAGUGGGAAGCUUUUGAUGCCCAGCUUUGAUCACCUGGUAAACGUGAAGCUGCAGCAGAUUGUCGGGGAGCUUUCGGCGAUGAUCGGUAAAAGCGAUCAGGCCAAAGCUGUUUUGUCUAUCUUACCCAAGCGCAGCGCUAAUUUAGUAAAAACAUGUUCUGAAGAGUUCUGCACGAAACUCGCCACAAAAUGGCGCUGCACUCUUGGACGGAACGUCUCAGAAAAAGAGGAAAACCAGCUAACUUUGUGGAAGUUGGGAGCCGUCCUUGAUCCGUUUCAGAAGCGUCUGCUGGGGCAGUCAUUUGAGGACUACCGACCUCUGUUCAUGUCCGUAACCGACAAUGUAGAUUCCCUUAAUGACGAGUUCAACCAGUAUUUGCUGGAAGCGAGCCCCACAAACCCAGCUGUCGAACUAAUCGAGUAUUGGCAUGACUCUACUUCUCGCUACCCAAGGCUUGCAAAAGCUGCACUGACAUUGUUGUGCCUAGCUAAUGGUAGCUGUGAUGUGGAGAGAACUUUCUCCCAGCUGAGAUAUGUUCAACGACCGGACAGAUCUCGAAUGGAGACUGACAUGUUGCGCAUGCAGAUGAUAAUGUAUGUCAACAAGGACGUGUAAAAAAUCGAUGACCAGAUUUUCGAGAAUAAAAUGUAUAAUUUCUAAGAGUCAA